AUGAACGCCAAGGCCCUUCUCGCUCUCUUGUUCGCCUCCGCGGUGAUGGCUACUCCGUUGGAAUCGGCCAACAAUGGUCUCCUGGGCCGCGAGCCACUCCCUCAAGGAAACUGCUGCUCUUAUAUCCCCGGAACAUGCAACUGCGGUUGCGGACCCUGCGCUACCGACAGUGACCCCAAUGCUACGUGCCCGUAA